AUGCAGACGCCGCAGACUGCCAAUAAAGCCAAUGUAGCGGAGUUGAGUGGGGAAGAAGGGAGAGAGAACGCGGAGUACAAGUGGAAUGAAGGUGGUUCAACCACUUCGCCGGAAACAGAGAAUGGCAGCACGGCAGAGAAAGGAAUGAAGGCGCUUCUUGGCGUUCCAUCCCCGAAUGCUUUGACAGCAAGCACCGACAGAUGCGGGCAAAGCCAGUGCAACGAGAUCACUGAUGCCCUCCGCAACAGCGCUAUAGCCGCCGUACCUACUUUCUUUGCCUUUACUGCUGGAAUACUUCAAGCGCUUUUCCUCUAA